AUGUAUACACAGCUUCAGCUAGCUCCGGUAUUUACAGAGGGCUCACUGGAGCUGUGAUCACAGAAACUGGUACUUCAAGUUGAACCACACGCAUGAACAAAAUAUUUCUUUUUAUAAGGCAAGAUUUCCUAUUUUGGGGUGUUAUAUCAUGAUCUGACUGAAGCACUACCUUGCCACCUCGGCCUCUCCCAUAUCCCAGUUCACCUCUGGCUGAAUUCAAAGAACUUCCCCAUAGCUAGCACAGGCAUUGUUUAUGUAGCAAAGCAGGAGAGCAUUGAUUUAACUUCAGUUUCUUUCCUGUAAUUACGUGUUCCUUCUAUUUUCAAAUAAAUUAAUCAUACUGAGGGUCUGUAUCCUCGUUUGUCUCUCUGCAGUCAGCUUUGCUGCUGCUUAUGCCCAUUAAGUAUUAUAUCUCCUUGUCCACUGGAAGCUCACUCCCCCUCCUCCUCUGCUGCUUGCUCUUUUGUUCUCUUCUCUCCUUAUGCAUCUCGCUGAUGGUGGGACCACCAGGCACACUGGAGCUAAGAAUCGAUCUAAUUUCUUCUACCUAACAGCAGGACAAAACCCUGCUGUAGCAGGUGGUACAAGAACUGUCCCCCAAGCUUCGUCUCUUACAGAAAUUGUCAGGGCUUUGGACAUUUUCAAGACCAGCUGACCAACAUCCCAGUGCUUCCAAGGUAGAGCAUUGCAUGAGCCCUCUAGAUAAACAAGAAGUUAUCCUGACCAGAGCCUGAAGAUGCGAGGGCUUAAUUUUUGCUUUCUGUGUUUCUUUAGAAGCCCAUUUCUCUCCCCCAGUGUAACUCAGGCAAGCUCCUAUCUGACUAGCUCCUAAUCUCCCAUUUAAGGAGCUUUUCUGGUUGUUUUCCUCAGAAGAGCUUAAGUGAUUAAAUCAAAACUAACUGAAUGAAUGGAUAAAGCCACAGAUUGGAAACAAACCCAUUGCCUGAAAUCUCUGCAAAGAAGCUAUUCAGAAAAUGUCUACGAGUAAAGCAUGCAUGACAGAAAUAAGAAUUUAUGCAAGUGACUAUAUGAAUAUGGAAACAACAACUUCCAACUCUGACUCAGCUCUUGGGAGUUCUACUUGCUGCUGCUUCAAAUUUUUUGAUCAGUGUCUCUUUGAGUAUGCAGAAAUGUGCUCAUCUCCGACUAGCUUGCCAAACAGAGCCGAAGCCCUACUACACGAGCAAGCUGUGGUGGUGUGGAAUUAUCUUCCUGGGGCUUGGAGAGGCGGGCAAUUUCACAGCCUACGGAUUUGCCCCCAUUGCCCUGGUCGCUCCACUAGGAUGUGUAUCUGUCAUAGGUACUGCAUUUAUUUCUGUCUUAUUCCUAAAGCAGACCAUGAGGGCUGCUGAUAUAUUGGGAGGAACACUGGCAGUAGCAGGGACAUACUUGUUGGUGACAUUUGCUCCAAAUGUACCCCAAGAGCUCACAGCAAGACAAGUACAGAAUAACUUAGUAAGCUGGCCUUUCUUGGUAUAUGUGAUUUUAGAAAUUAUAACAUUCUGCAUUCUCCUCUAUUUUUACAAAAGAAAGGCUGUGAAGCACAUAAUGAUUUUGUUAAUGAUGGUAGCACUACUGGCAUCGCUGACAGUCAUCGCUGUAAAGGCCGUGGCCAGCAUGAUAACACUCUCUGUGAAGGGGAAAAUGCAGCUCACUUAUCCCGUUUUUUAUAUCAUGCUCAUUUUAAUGGCAACUUCUUGUGUUUUCCAAGUCAAGUUCUUGAAUCAAGCAAUGCAUCUGUACGAAGCAACAGCAGUUGUGCCCAUUAAUUUCAUGCUCUUCACCACAAGCGCCAUUGUUUCAGGGGUCAUAUUUUAUCAGGAAUUCCAAAGUGCAGCUUUGCUGAGCGUGUUCAUGUUUCUGUUCGGGUGUCUCCUAUCUUUCCUUGGUGUAUUUGUAAUUGCAAGAAAUAAAAAAGAGGAGCAUUUACAGGUUCCUUAUAUUGACUGUGGACAUAUUCCUGGACAAAAAGUGACAGGCAAAAUACAACCAGAUUCUUAUAGUUCAUGCUAUGGCACUUUGAAUAAUGAAGAUGACUCAGUGAAAACUCAGAACUGAAAGAAGAAAGCACCUUACCUUCCACUUAAUGAGAGGAACAGCACUGGAACAAGAAUUAGCAGCACCUUUUCAUUGGACAUAUUCGAGUCGACGUUGAAUUCAAUUCCUGCAUGUUGAUGACUCAUAGCAUUAUUUAAUCCUACUUAAUUUAUCCCCUGGCUGUCCCAAAUGUGUUUUGAAGAUAAAGCAAGCCUUAAGAAAAACUAAAUAACCGUUAAUGAAUCUGAACAUUCUCAUAGUAUCAAUGCCUCUUAGUGAUGACUGGGGAUAUUUUCAGAGUUUUAAUUGCCUAGAAAUGCAAAUAGGUGCAUAAAAGGAUUUAAAAUUUUGCUUUUGAAAACCCCCAGAUGUGCACAGAUGCUUAAAGACAAAGAUGGGAAAUGAGGAGGAUUUUCAUAAGAGACUUCAAAGUAUUCUGCUGUAUGUUUACUACCUUUAAAAAUCUGAUCCUUCCUGUCCUUGAGUCAAAAAUGUAGGCAUAUAUGCGGUAUGCAUAAACACGUAUGUACAUUUUUA